AUGAAUGCUGAGAAUACAACGGAUGCUUCUGAAUAUGACUAUGAAUAUGAAGAUGAACUGUGUAUCAAAGAGGAGGUGGUGAAAUUUGGAUCCAUUCUCAUUCCACUGUUUUUCACACUAGUGGUUGUGCUGAGCUGCAUCGGUAACAUCCUGGUUCUGGUCAUCUUAGUGCUUAACAAGAGUCUCAAAUCUCUGAUCAACAUUUUCAUCCUCCAUUUAGCUCUGUCAGAUCUACUGUUCACUUUUGGACUUCCAUUCUGGACAUCUUACUACAUUUGGGGCUGGACAUUUGGAGAAAUUGGCUGCAAAGCUGUGAAAUUCCUGUUCUAUCUUGGGUUUUACAGCAGUGUGUUCUUCUUAACUCUGAUGACUAUUCAGCGAUACAUGGUAGUUGUUCAUCCUCUGUCGGACUGGGAGAAAUGCAGAGGGUUUUCAAUCGCUCCCUUUAUCGUGUGGAUCCUGAGUGGAUUGGCUGCACUGCUGGGCUCACUUCGUAGCAAAGUCCUACAAGAACAAUCAAGUAACAGCACAUAUUGUGAAUACGACAGUACUGAAGUGAAACAUGCCAUUAUUUAUUUUCAAAAUGCUUUUUUCUUCAUUGCAUUUGUGAUUAUGGGUUUUUGCUAUGCAGGAGUACAUCAAGCGAUAACAAAAUCACAAACCAAUAAGAGACACAAGACUGUCAGACUAAUUUUCUGUAUUGCACUGGUGUUCUUUAUUGGUUGGGCUCCAUAUAACAUUGUUAUGUUCUUAAGAUCUUUGACCGAUCAUGGUUUAUACCCGUUCACGUUAUGUAAAAUAAGCAUUAACCUCGACUAUGCAUUUUAUGCUUGCCGAUUGUUGGCUUUUUCACAUUGUUGCGUGAACCCUGCAUUUUACAUUUUCAUAGAAGUUCCAGAAUCAUUUAAGAACAAAUCUAAGGAGGAUUUACCAUCAGGGGCGGACUGGCCAUUGGGAGAACCGGGACUUUUCCCGGAGGGCCGGCCACGAAACGGGCUGAAAUGGGCCGCCGCGUUAGGAGGAGGCGUGAACCGGCUGAACGAUCAACGUAACUUUUAAUGUAAAACUCAACAUAACACAAACAAAAACAAACACACACACAUGCAGCGUGGCCGCGUGCGUCUCUCUCUUUCUCGAACUGGCGUCUCUGGCUCCCCUUUAUCUCGCUCUCCUGCUGAUCAGCUGAUUCAUCGCCAGCUGUGCAGCCUCACGGCCCGGCCAUGCCCUCCUCCUCAUCACAAUUUAUUUUGUACUUUUUUCUUUUCUUUGUUUUACUAUUUUUCUUAUUUUGUGACAGUAAAUAAUAUAUUCAAUAUAUUUCUUAUCAGACCAAUGCACACGCCAAAAAUGUGGAUUUCAGUUUUUCAUACUGAAAAUAGUUACAUAUUAGGACUGCUAAAGGUCAUUUAUUUUAUUACAAGCUUUAAAAAAAAUUUUUUAAAUACUUUUUAAAUAGGUAAUGCAUUUAUGCCUACUUCAUUUGACAUCAAAACGUUUUGCAAUACAAUUUUCAGUUAUAUAGUCAGUUAUAAACAUAAAAUAUGUUAGUUCAGUGUUUGUGAAGGUGGAUAUGAAAUUCAUAAAUUCUCCUGACUUACUGUAAAAAAAAAAAUAAUAAAAAAAAAAUAUAAACCCAUAACAACUAUAGAUAGGAAAAUGCACAUUAUGCAGCUAUGCUUUUGUGAGUUGACUGGAAAGUGGCAUUUUCUUCCUUUACGUGACAAAAUGUAAAUCUGUGUGGUCUUUGUGAAAGGAAGCAUAACAUCAUUGACCUACAAAAACAGGAAACAUAAGAUUUGAGAUCAUACCAACUUUAUUUCUUUUUUCUCCGUUAUUUUUAAGAGGUUAAAUAUGAUAAUCAAACAACAAAAAUAAAAGCGGCAAUGUAGAUCUUUAUAUAAAACAUGGUUUGUAAAACCAAUACACCUAUGUGUAUUGGUGUAUUACUUUGGGCAGUGGUAGCUCAGCGGUUAAGGCUCUGGGUUACUGAUCAGAAGGUCGGGGAUUCAAGCCCCAGCACUGCCAAGAUACCACUGUUGGGCCCUUGAGCAAGGCCCUUGACCCUAUCUGCUCCAGGGGCGCCGUAUUAUGGCUGACCCUGCACUCUGACCCCAGCCUAGCUGGGAUAUGUGAAAAAGAAGAAUUUCACUGUAUAUGUGCAAAUGUAUAAUGUGUGAUAAAUAAAGAAAAUUAUAAAACCCAAUUUUCAGCUAUUUAAUAACACUGACUGGGCAAUUUUGUACUUUCGCUGCUGAUUCCAAACUAUACCAAACGAAAUACAGUAUGCAGUGUUUCUUUGAAAAGUACACUACCAGUCAAAAGAAACACUUGAUUAAAUCUACGUAUCUAUGAUCUAUGCUUAAAUGCCUGAGAGAAUGCCCAGAGUGUGCAGAGCUGUAAUCUAUAGAUGUCUACUUCAAAACUAAAAUAAGAUUUAUAAAUAUAAGAUAAAUACCUUUUGAUUUAUUUAAAAAUUUCUAUACUUCCCAUUAGUGUCAUCACGGUACCAACAUUUCAGUAGUCCAAUACCAAUUUCGGUACCACAGCAUAAAUAUGCUAAUAUGACAAUAUGCUA